CUACAGAUUUGCCCCUAGGUACCUUAAACAAACGAAUCUUGCCUUUGGCAUGAUAACCAUAAACCACAAAAAUAUUUGUGAUCCCGACCAACUUCCUCGCUGUGAGCGCACGGAGACUAGAAUCCUCGGAGCAUCAUGGCGGCCGAGCUGGUCAAAGCCAUAGAGGGGCUCCAUCUUCAAGAGAACGGAGUCAACAUCGACGACAUUCUUUUCGAGCAGCGCCCACACAAACGAGCUCGCCGAAGUGCGGAGGGGCUCAAGAAUGAUCUUGAAAAGGACUUUCUUUCGCCGUCCACAUCAUUCUCAACCGACUGGCUCAACGGGCUACAGCAGCGCUGGGAUUGUCCGACCGACUACACCGAGCUGUUCAAGAUUGCCCCCCCUCAGACGCGAACUGUCACUCGAUUCGAGCGUCAUGGCCUCGAAGGCAGGGUCACAGGCUACAAGAAUGUUACUGUGCCGGCCAACAGCGCGACAGCCAAGAAUUCGACCUCAUUCUCGCGGAAGCCUGCUAGUAGAUCUGAAUUUGUUCGAGGUGCCGCUGGCUUCUUCCCAUUUGCUCCCGGCGGCUUAGAAGGCAUCGAGUCCACCGCUGCACUUGAGGACCAGCUUCGCCGCAGUGCUGGAGGUGCGGGUGAUUUUAAUUCUGCAGGCAAGCUGGAGCGAGUCAUCAAGCUUGGAAACGAUGGCGGCCUUCUUGAGGUCGCACCUGGAUUGAGCAGAGGCAUCGACUUCACCGUCAAGAAAACGGACCAAGAAGCCCAGGUCGUUGAGCAGGAGCUUGACCGGGAACCCGAACAAGCACCGACCACAAUCGACGCUGUGCCAGACGGGCAAGUCAAUGGGGACACCGGCGGAACGUCUCCCGAGGAAGAAGACGGCGAGGACGUCGACAUUGACACCAUUCUGCCGGUUGAGUUUCCCGCCUUGGAGCCUCACGGCACGCUUGCGUCGUCGAGCGCGCGUAAGGCUAGGCGCGAAUGGGCGCACAUGGUGGACAUCAACAGAGAUAUUCCAAACUUUAGGGAGCUUGUUCCAGACAUGGCGCGGGAAUGGCCUUUCGAGCUCGACACCUUCCAGAAGGAGGCUAUUUACCACCUUGAGAACGGCGACUCGGUCUUCGUCGCAGCCCACACCUCUGCUGGAAAGACGGUUGUGGCGGAAUACGCCAUCGCGCUGGCUUCAAGGCAUAUGACGAAGGCCAUUUAUACUUCCCCCAUCAAGGCUCUGAGCAACCAGAAGUUCCGUGAUUUCCGACAGAUCUUCGACGAGGUUGGCAUUCUCACCGGCGACGUUCAAAUCAAUCCCGAGGCGAGCUGUCUCAUCAUGACCACGGAAAUCCUGAGGAGUAUGCUCUACAGAGGCGCUGACCUCAUCCGAGACGUCGAAUUCGUCAUCUUUGACGAGGUCCAUUAUGUCAACGAUUUCGAGCGUGGCGUCGUUUGGGAAGAGGUCAUCAUCAUGCUUCCCGAGCACGUUUCCCUGAUUUUGUUGUCUGCUACUGUCCCCAACACACACGAGUUCGCCUCUUGGGUCGGUAGGACGAAGCAAAAAGAUAUUUAUGUCAUCUCUACGCCCAAACGGCCGGUGCCGUUGGAACAUUUCCUCUGGGCUGGCAAGGACAUCCAUAAAAUAGUCAGCGCGGACAAGAAAUUCAUCGAGAAAGGUUGGAAGGACGCCCAUCUGGCCUUGCAAGGAAAAGAAAAGCCCAAGCAGAUUGAGAACAAUGCUGCAGCUGGCCGGGGCGGCGGAGGUGGGCAGCGCGGUGGGCCGAGAGGUGGUCAAAGAGGUGGCCCCCAACGCGGGGGUGCGAGGGGAGGCGGCGGCGGCGGCAACCAGCAACGGGGACGAGGCGUGCAACGUGCCAGCCACGCUCCGGGGCAUACGGGGCGUACUGGACGUCCCGGUGGCUUCUCAUCCGCCGCUCAGGACAAAACUCUGUGGGUCCAUCUGGUCCAGUAUCUGAAGAAGAACACUUUGCUACCGGCCUGUAUCUUCGUUUUCUCCAAAAAAAGGUGCGAGGAGAAUGCCGACGCGCUCAGCAACCAGGACUUUUGCACAGCCUCGGAGAAAAGCGCCAUCCACAUGACCAUCGAGAAGUCGGUCGCGCGACUCAAGCCGGAAGACCGGGUGCUGCCCCAAAUUAUCAGGCUUCGGGAGCUGCUGUCCAGAGGGAUCGCCGUACAUCAUGGCGGUCUGCUGCCCAUCGUCAAGGAGAUGGUCGAGAUUCUCUUCGCCCAGACGCUGGUUAAGGUGCUCUUCGCCACCGAAACCUUUGCCAUGGGUCUCAACUUGCCUACCAGGACCGUGGUUUUCUCGGGCUACCGGAAACACGAUGGCCACUCAUUCCGCAGUCUGCUUCCUGGAGAAUAUACACAAAUGGCCGGCCGCGCGGGGAGACGAGGCUUGGACACGGUGGGCUCGGUGAUCAUUGUCCCCCCGGGCGGCGGGGACGAGGUCCCGCCCGCCAGCGAACUGCAAAAGAUGAUCCUAGGCCAGCCGUCGAAACUCAGAUCACAGUUCCGGCUGACAUACAACAUGAUUCUCAACCUACUGCGGGUGGAGGCUCUCAAGAUCGAAGAAAUGAUUAAGCGCAGCUUCUCUGAGCACGCCACCCAGCAACUCCUCCCCGAACACGAAAAGGCCGUGAAGCUGUCUGAAGCUGACUUGGCCAAGGUCAAACGCGACGCCUGCGACAUUUGCGAUGCGGCGAUGGAUGAAUGUCAUCAGGCGUCAGAGGACUUCAGGCAACUGACAACCAAUCUCUACACAGCGUUGUUGGGCUUGCCCCUCGGCCGUAAGAUGUUCAGCCAGGGACGUUUGAUUGUGUUCAACAAGGACGGAAUAAGGACAGCCGGCAUCCUCUUAUCAGAUGGGGCCAGCUUAAAGGCGUCACCAAGCGGUCCGACUCUCCACGUCUGUGAGAUCAAGACAAUGCGCGAGACGCGAGACUCGACCGACCUGCUAGCCUUUAUCCCCGGCUUCCGAAAGCAUUUCACGGCGCUCCCACAAAACAAGAAACAUAUCGACUUCAAGAACAUACACAUUCCCGUAGGCGAUGUGGAGUGUCUCACUAAUUACACUACCAAAGGGAUCAUUCCCGAAGUCUUCCGUGGCAAAGAGGACCGCCGAAACGCUCAAACACGAGCGCAUGGGCUGUGUAGGAGCUGGGAUAGCCUCUGGGACGAAAUAGACUUGUCGAAGAUCAAGAGCCUCGCACUGCAGGAGAUCAUUCAGAAGCGCAACGUCGCGAGUCGGGCGGCGGGCAGCUCGCCCGCGCUGAACUGCCCACACUUCGUGAAGCAUUUCGCCAUGUGCCACGACCAAUGGCUCAUCAAGGAGCAUAUUUCCCAACUGCAGCAGACCCUGGCCAGCCAGAACCUGCAAUUGCUACCCGACUAUGAGCAACGGAUCCAGGUAUUGAAGGAGCUGCAGUUCAUCGAUGAGAGUUCACGGAUUCAGCUCAAGGGGAAAGUGGCAUGCGAGAUCCACUCGGGAGACGAGCUUGUCCUGACGGAGCUCAUUCUGGACAAUGUGCUGGCGGAUUACGAACCAGCCGAGAUCGCAGCGCUCUUGUCGGCCUUCGUGUUCCAGGAGAAGACACUGAGCGAACCGGCGCUGACGGCCAACCUAGAGCGGGGGAAAAAGACCAUCAUAGCUAUCAGCGAGAAGGUCAACGACGUCCAGACGGUGCAUCAGGUGAUCCUGUCAUCGGACGACUCCAACGACUUCACGUCACGGCCCCGCUUCGGGCUCAUGGAGGUGGUCUACGAGUGGGCUCGCGGCAUGAGCUUCAAGAACAUCACUGAUCUGACCGACGUUCUCGAGGGGACUAUCGUUCGCACCAUCACGCGGCUAGACGAGACGUGCCGUGAGGUCAAGAACGCGGCCCGCAUCAUCGGCGACCCGGAGCUGUACCAAAAAAUGCAGGCCGCACAGGAGAUGAUCAAGCGGGAUAUUACCGCCGUGGCCAGUCUCUACAUGUAGACGUAUGUUUUUCGGCCACAUUAGACGUUAUAGACAUAGGUAGGAUCUAGGUAUAACAGGUAAAGGAUCCUCGGAAAAACUCCGUUGCUGAUACUCUCCUGAUCUUCCGGCAUGGCAUGACGGCAAAACCAAAGUUUUUAUAAAUAAAGUGGUUAAAGAAUCUCCCA